AUGACCAUGAGGAGCCUCAUGGCCUUAGCAAGUCGAUGGUCUCGCCCGCAGCUGUUGCUGCGCGCCCGCUCACUCAUCCAACCACACGAUCUCCGACCGAGCGUCAUCGAUCAGCUUACGGGAAAGGAGGUGGCCGCAACCUUUGAUGGCUUGGGACGGGAAUUGCCAGAUGUAGACCUCAGGCGGAAAUUCUCUCCAAAGGAGAUUGAGGCCAUUAAGCAGGCUAGUGAUGAUGCAGGCGGUAUCCUGGUGUUCACCAAUCAGAGUCCCGACCUAUCCGUCCAGGACCAGGUUCGUUUUGGGCAGCUCAUAGCGGACUCAGACAAGACAUGCAUCGAGCCACACGCCGUGGCCGAGGGACACAAGGAUGCCCCUGAGGUCCUUGAGAUCGUGCGUGAGCCGACAGCUUCCGUCGUCUUUGGCGAGAAUUGGCACAGUGACAACAGCUUCAUGGAGAAGACGUGCUCUUACAGCAUUUUGCGAGGCUGGGUCGUCCCGCGGCUUGGAGUCAACGACACCCUCUUCUCCUCAACCGAGGCAGCCUACGACCUGCUCCCACCAGCGAUGCAGCGCCUGCUCUUGGACCUCAACGCGUACCACUCGGCCAACAAGGCCUAUGGCUUGGGCCAUCCAGGCAACUCGCGUGCAGCCAUGGAGAAGACUGCCGGCGGCGCCCAUGCCAUGCAGUGGAAGCCUCAUGCCCCGAUUCUGCAGAAGGAUGUGCUCCAACCAAUCGUCACGGUCCACCCGCGCACGGGGCGUCGCAACCUCUUCGUGAGCCCAACCUUCACGACGCACAUUGAAGGCAUGAGCUUGGCUGAGUCACGCAGCAUCCUUCGCUUCAUCUACGAGUGGUGUGCGCGACCGGAGUUCUGCACCCGUGUCUCAUGGCAGCCAAACCAGGUGGUCAUGUGGGACAACCGCUCCCUCUCGCACAAAGGUUUGGCGGACGACGUCAGUGAGCUGCGCAUCGUGCAGCGCGUGAGCAUUCGGGGCACAUCGCCCAUGAACCAUCGGGGCCAGCAUUUCUCCUUGUCCCACAAGGUCGACGCGGCAGGCGCUGGAGUCUUCGACUGGCGAGAUCAGCAGAUGCAAACGCAAAACUGA